AUUUUUGAAAAGAAACCCAAAAAAUUUGUAUCUCAAGAAAAACAGGUUCCAAAAGAUACCUUGGCCAAACAGCCCCUAUUGCUUCUUGGGUCUGCCAUUUCAAAAAAGAGGCGCAGAUGAGGUUUUAGAGGAACAACAGGUGAAUCAUUACUUCAAUAUUGAAGACCAUAUGUUUGUUAAAAUAACAAGAAAUAUAUAUAUUCUUGGUAGUUGUUGGUUGGGGAAAGAAUCGCAGAUGUUGUGUGUAAAGCAUUAAAAUGCUUUCUGGUGCUGUUUGUGGUUUAAAUUCUGCUUUAUUUAGUUUUGGUUUUGGGAAUACAGUGAAAUCUUUGCUUAGACAGCCAAGAUUUCUGUCUACGCAUUCCGAAUUUUGUUGCCAGGCUCGACUUUCUCGUGGGGGUGAAAAUACUGUUGAUAUAGUUCAAAAGUACUCACAUUGCAGGAGUAUGAUGGCGGCUGCUUCUGGUUCCGCAACUGCCACAAGAGAUCAUAUUGUGGAGAAGUUAAUUUCGAGUUGUGGGAAUGUCAGUAGUUUUGUAAAACCUUUUGGGGUUUAUUGUAAUGAAAGAGUUGGUUGUAGGAGUUAUCAGAAAUUAAGCAUGAGUCUAAGUAGAAGUAGAGAACCAUAUAACCAUCGUCGGUUGGUUCAUGGGUAUUUUAUAUUUGAUGUUACGCGGAGGUCUUUUAGCUCAAAUUCAGAUUUUGAUCCUUCUUUGAAGAAUGCUCAUGCCUCCUCUUCGUCAUGUUACUCAGAUGGAUUAGUUCCAGAUAUGACAGUGAAUGGAUUAUCAUGUAGUGAACAGCUUGCAACUACCACGGCAUCAGCUGAUGAAUGCAGACAAGAUCCAGCGCAGAGAACCUUGAAACUGCUUUCUGGAUCAUGUUACCUGCCACAUCCUGAUAAGGAAGAGACGGGUGGGGAGGAUGCUCACUUCAUUUGUGUAAAUGAGCAAGUGAUUGGUGUUGCUGAUGGUGUUGGUGGCUGGGCGGAUGUUGGAGUUAAUGCUGGACUAUAUGCCCGUGAACUCAUGUCUAAUUCAGUGGGAGCAAUCCUGAACGAGCCUAAGGAUGGGAUUGAUCCUGCGAGGGUGUUAACUAGAGCCCAUUCUGCUACAAAAGCUAUGGGAUCCUCAACAGCCUGCAUCAUAUGUCUUAAAGAAGAGGGUAUACAUGCUAUUAAUCUUGGUGACAGUGGAUUCAUUGUAGUUAGAGAUGGUUGCACUGUCUUUGAGUCCCCUGUGCAGCAGCAUGGUUUUAACUUCACGUAUCAGCUGGAGUGUAGUAGCAGAAGUGAUCAACCAAGUUCCGGGCAGGUGUUUAUGAUUCCUGUUGUACCUGGAGAUGUGAUUGUUGCUGGGACAGAUGGAUUAUUUGACAAUCUAUUCAGCAACGAGGUAGUAUCUAUUGUUGCUGAAGGAAUGAGAGGAGGUCUAGAUCCUGAUGCUUUAUCUCAGAAAUUAGCUGCUUUCGCACAACAAAGGGCUCUAGACAGACAUAAGCAAACCCCAUUCUCUACAGCAGCCAAGGAAGCAGGAUUCAGAUACUACGGUGGAAAGCUUGAUGACAUUACAGUCGUAGUUUCUUAUAUAAGCAGCUCCACCAACUAGUUUUUUCCUCCGCUGACUGCAGUUGUAUUAUCUUAUAUUGAGCGUUUCUUUGCUUGUCCAUUUCAUAGAGGCUAUAACCACUAGUUGGCAGGUAAUAAAUUUCAUGCUUUCCUCAUUUGUAAUGGGCUGCUUUUCUCAUCUUUAGCGGGUUACUGGGUUCUUAACAUCUUAAGACCUGAUAUAAAAUAUGUUUACAGUUUUAAAGAGCAGCAUCAUAUGCUA